CGGGGAAAGAAAAACAAGAAGGGAGGUCCAUGCAUGGCCACUAACCCAAUAGACCGUUGCUGGAGGUGUGACCCCAACUGGGCCAGCAACCGCAAGCGCCUCGCCGACUGCGCCCGUGGCUUCGGCCGCAACUCCGUGGGUGGCAAAUUCGGCCGCUACUACGUCGUCACCGACUCCUCCGAUACUGACCUCGUAAACCCUAAGCCGGGGACUCUCCGCCACGCCGUCAUCCAGAAGGCGCCUCUAUGGAUCAUUUUCGCCCGUAGCAUGAUAAUCCGCCUCUCCGAGGAGCUCAUCAUGACUGGUGACAAGACCAUCGAUGGCAGAGGAGCCAAUGUCCGCAUCGCCUACGGUGCCGGCAUCACGAUCCAGUUUGUCAAGAACGUCAUAAUCCAUAACAUACACAUCCAUGACAUCAAUGCGGGUAGUGGUGGCAACAUUAGAGACUCUAUUAAUCAUAUUGGCUUCAGGACUAAGAGUGACGGUGAUGGUAUCUCCAUCUUCGGAUCAUCCCACAUUUGGAUCGACCACGUUUCCAUGUCUAACUGCCAAGAUGGCCUAAUCGACGCCAUUAUGGGGUCCACCGCCAUUACCAUCUCCAACUGCCACUUCACUCACCACAACGAG